AUGGAAACACUUAGUAACAUUAAGCUGUCAGAAUUGCACAUGGCAGCUGAACAGGAGUCACAGAAACAGCCCAUCUCCAACCCGGGAAUUCAGCACCUUUUGCAACACCUAAAGAUGACAGGAGCUCACGUUAUUGGCACUAAUCAAUCACAUGCAUCAAUAAGAAGCAAGAUUUGGAGUCAAACAAUUAAACAUGGUCCACUGAGCCUGUGGGUGACAAUCAACCCAAGCAACCUUCAUGAUCCGAUCGCUCAGGUAUUUUGUGGAGAAGAGAUCGACCUGGAUGAAUUUGACCAAACAGUAGGACCGAAUGCGAGAGAACAAAUGGAGAACUUAGCAGCAGAUCCAUAUGCAGCUGCUCGAUUCUUUCAUUUCAUCAUUGCCACCAUGCUGGACGCAUUGAUUGGUGUUCAAAAAGGAGUUCAUACACUUUGCGUCAUGCACUAUGCAAGCAUCCUGGCAUUAUGGACACCUUGGCACUGCAAAGAAGAUUUGAAAGGAGGGGAUGAAGAAUGGAGUGAAGCAUACAAUCGUUUGGAGGAGGUAGAUUCGAAUGUCACAUAUGCAGUGUCCAACCUUCAGCAUAGAUAUGAGUGUAAGGAUGCAGCGGAUAAGGACAAUCCUACCGAGGUUGAUUUGAAUGGAAGAGGUUUUCCUGCAACCUCUGGCGAGACCGAGUUGGAUGCAUCCAGCGAUGGAGAGGAUGGGCAGCAGCAAGAGCAUACAGUGGGAGGAGGCUCAGAAGCUGACCUGGAGCAAUUCAUAGUGCAGAGCCAACAGACAGAAGAGGAGCUGCAUGGGCGGCAUGCAAUUGAAAUAGCGAAGUGUGCAUGA